AUGGCAAUCCCACAGCUGCUGGCUGAGGCUGGCCUGAGCCUGGAGUACCAGGAGGAGGGUACAAAGCUCGUGGUCAAGGACCUCCCGGGCUGUCCCAGCCGGAACCGCGGUGGCGAGGCCUUGGCCUCCCUUCUACGGGCGGAGGGUCGGAUCCGGGUCCUGGACCUCCGGCACUCGGAGCUCAACGACAACGGCCUGGCGCAGAUUUGCUUAACCGCCCGUGAGACUGACCAGCUCGAGGAGCUCCACUGCAACCCUGUGGGCCACACAGGCUUAGAGUUUCUGCUUGGUCUCGUGCGGCGAUGCAGGCGACUACAAGAGCUGAGCGUCGAGGUCCGCGACUGCCAGACCCUUUUUGCUGGGAGACAGACCCUGGCUCCGGUGGAUUUCGACACCUCGAACUACGCUCCGAAGGUGGAGGUCGAGGAGGAAGAGGAAGUUGACCCUGAGGAAGCCGAAGCCAAGGCCGCAGCCCAGUUGGAGAAGACGCGGGCCCUCUUCGCGGAGAACGACUACGACUCCGGGGAUGAGACGCGGCCCACAGACGGCGAGGGCGCCAGUGUGGUGCUUCGGAAGCUGCUGACGGAGCUGGCUUCGGCUGUCAGAGACCGGCCGAACCUGACCAAGGUGGAGUGCUCGGGCGACAUGGUUCCUUGGGACAUCCAGCUGGACCUCCGAAGAGCCGCAGAAGAGCACAAGGCCCUGCAGCAGAAGCGGCUGGCUGAGAGCCAGGAGUUGGGUUCCCGGACUGCCUCCGACGUCAUGAAGGACCAGAUGGAUGAGAUCACUGGCAUCCUUCGAGAUGUUCAGGAGAACAUCGAGGGCUUGCUCCCGGGUGAGGAGCCGAAGCCGAGCCACCUGGGUGUCCGCUCCUACAUCAACCGGCGGCUCCAUUCUGCUCUGGGAGAGGCACUGUUCGAGUGCCAGCGCUUCAAGGCGAAAGAAAACAAGGCGCUGAAGACCCCUCAGGGUGAGAUGGCUUUCCUGGCCAUGUACUUGCGGAAGAAGAUGGCAGAGGCGCAGGACAGCUGA